UAUCUGCUAGCGGUGGGCCUAGGCCGUUACACCAAGUGAGGAAUAUAAAUUAAAUCCCGUUGAAUAAUGGAUUUGAAAGUUCAUGGAGUAUGCCAGCAUUUAGGUGAAAUGUGAAGACUCUACUUCUUAUUGCUGAACAAAUGGUUGAUGUUGUGGAUGAAAUGCAUGAUAGAGAUGGUGGAAUUAUUAGUAUACCAAAGAAGGACACCCUUUUUGAAGAGGAUAUAGAUUUUGAGCCGCACAAUGGCAUUGAAUUUGAGUCCCAUGAAGCUGCAUACACAUUUUAUCAAGAAUAUGCCAAAUCAAUGGGAUUCACCACAUCGAUUAAGAAUAGUCGACGUUCAAAGAAAUCAAAGGAGUUCAUCGAUGCAAAAUUUGCGUGUUCAAGAUAUGGAGUUACUCCUGAAUCCGAGAGUGGAAAUAGUCGAAGGCCCAGCGUGAAGAAGACCGACUGUAAAGCCAGCAUGCAUGUGAAGAGAAGGCCAGAUGGAAGAUGGAUUAUUCACGAGUUCAUAAAAGAUCAUAAUCACGAGCUUUUACCUGCUCUUGCGUAUCAUUUUCGUAUCCAUAGGAAUGUAAAGCUGGCAGAGAAGAAUAACAUCGACAUAUUGCAUGCUGUUAGUGAAAGAACACGGAGGAUGUAUGUCGAGAUGUCGAAAAAAUGUGGCGGGCAUAGAAAUUUCAGUUUUCCCCAGAUUAACACGAGUUAUCAGUUUGACAAAGGCCGGUAUUUAGCUCUUGAUGAGGGGGAUGCCCAAAUAUUGCUCGAAUACUUCAAACGUAUCCAAAAGGAGAAUCCUGACUUUUUCUAUGCUAUAGACUUAAAUGAAGAGCAGCGUCUGAGAAACUUGUUUUGGGUCGAUGCCAAAAGUAGAAGCGAUUAUGUUAGUUUCACUGAUGUCGUUUCAUUCGAUAUCUCAUACAUUAAGACCAAUGAUAAGCUUCCGUUUGCCCCGUUCAUUGGGGCGAACCAUCAUGCGCAGUCAAUGAUACUUGGUUGUGCACUGGCUGCAGAUUGGACUAAGCCAACAUUUACCUGGUUGUUGAAGACAUGGCUUAGAGCAAUGGGUGGGAAAGCUCCCAAAGUUAUUAUAUCAGAUCAAGACAAGGCCUUGAAGUUAGCCAUUGAAGAAGUCUUCCCAAAUACCCGCCAUUGCUUUGCGCUUUGGCAUAUAUUGGAAAAGAUUCCCGAAACUCUUGCUCACGUCAUCAAACGAAACGAAAACUUCUUGGCAAAGUUUAAUAAGUGCAUUUUCAAGUCGUGGUCAGACGAGCAGUUCGAUAUGCGAUGGUGGAAGAUGGUUACUAGAUUUGAACUUCAAGACGAUGAAUGGAUUCAAUCAUUGUAUGACGAUCGUAAAAAAUGGGUACCGACUUAUAUGGAGGAUAUCUUCUUGGCUGGAAUGUCAACCGCCCAACGUUCCGAUAGUAUGAAUGCUUUCUUUGACAAAUACAUUCACAAGAAAAUCACUCUGAAAGAGUUCUUGAAACAAUAUGGUAUCAUUCUGCAAAAUCGGUACGAAGAGGAAGCA